AUGAUACACGCCGUCCUGGUCUUCAAUAAUAGCGGUAAGACGAGGCUGGCAAGGUUCUACACUGCCUUGCCUCUCCCGAGACGCCAAGGCCUCAUUGACAGGGUUUAUGGUGUACUCAGAGGGAGGCACUUCGCAACCCUCUACUUUGCCUUCAUCGUUGACCACACCGAAAGCGAUCUGGCCACCCUUGACCUUAUACAAGUCUUUGUCCAGGCCCUGGACACCGCGUUCGACAGUGUUUGUGAGCUCGACUUGGUCUAUCACUUCGAUAAGGCCAAUUACGUCCUGGAUGAGGUGGUCAUGGGUGGUCUGGUCCUCGAGUCCAACAUCGAUACCAUAAAGAUGGCCCUUCGUGAGGCAGCCUAG